CAGAGAAGAUGAUUGCAGUCGAAAGCUUAUUAAGUGAAUCUCAAGAUUUGCAGGCAAUGGACAUUCAGGAAAGAUUAUUCAACUGGGAAUUUAUGGUGAAAGUGAUUGAUUCCCUGAAGACCUCUAUACCAGAGGCGUGCAAGUGCAGGUUAAAUGGUGUAGCAAAUAUUCUGGACCAUUUAACUGUAAAGAACAAUCUCUCAGUCCGACUGAAGGAAGAACUUCUUACAGAUCUGCACAAGGCUUUUUGGGAACACCUGGCACAUAUAAGUAAUGAAUGUACCCAGCAAAGUAAAGACCUGAUCAUGAAAUCCCUGGAGCAACGUGGAAAGAAGAGAGAAGAGUUAAAACAGAGACAGAAAGCUGAAGAAGGAAAUCUCCUCAGUAAAACUUUUCCUAUUGAAGAAGUUGAGGAUUUUCUUAAGGCUUACCAUGAGCUGUUAGAGAAGCAUCAGCAGGAACAGUGGGAACUGGAGGAGGAGGAUGACUACAGGAGCACAGAGGCUGUUGCAGAUCUCUACAAGGAGCUGUACUCCAAAGCUUCCCAUGCUUUAGCAGAGAUGGUGACUGAGCUGUUCCUGCAGACCCUGCCUGUUGUGACUGAACUCUCUGCAAGGGAAUGUGAACGUCUGAAAGGGGAAUGGGAGGAGAAUUUGGUGCCUCAACUGGAGAAAUGGGAAACUCGGUGCCAGAAACGCUGGGAGCUUUUCCAGGAGCAGCUAUUGCAAGAAAAACAACUGUGGAUAAAGGAAUAUGCUCUGACUGCUGCCAUGCAAAAGCACCUGUCUGAGAAACAAGAGAAGAUAAUUCAGGGUGUCAGGAGCAGACUGGGAUGUCUCAGUGAUGAGUCUCUUAAUUAUAUCUGGAGAAAAUCUCAACUCCUGCUGCCUGCAGUCCUCUCCAGGCUCAGCAUCCGGAGAGUGGGAAUGGGAGCCCUGACCUGCAUGAGGCUGACCAGAAAGAAAAGUUUGCUUCAGGAACUGAGAGAACAACAAAUCCUACAGAAGGGAUCAUCCCCCUGCCAAGAUGAGGAGCAGUGGCAAUUACAGAAGGCAGUGGAGUCCCAUAUCCUGGAAGAGGAGGAGAAGCUGGAGGAAGAAACACAGCAAACCCAUUUAGAAUUUCACCAGCAGCUAGGCACAGAAAUUCAAGAAGCUCUGCAGUUCCUUCAGCAGCACAUGGAGCAGGUGAUGGGGCAGACACUGCUGCAGCAUGCCCGAGGGGAGGCUGGAAAAAGGAGUUCAGAUGAUGGACAGGACUUCAAGGAGCACCUGGUGGAAGCUGCUGUAGAAAGUGUGUAUGGGACCAGCAAUAACAUCAAUAGACUGGUGCAAAACUACUACCAGAAAUUAGGCAAAAUCACAGAAGACUACGAAGGGAAAAAGCUUCAGCACUUGAAAUCCUCACAAGCAGAAAGAGGUGAAAGGAACAGACUUAGGAAGAAACAAGACAAUGAGCUGGGAUUGAAGGAAAAGCAGAACAAAGGCCUCCUCAGUGCAUCAUCCACAGUCCAGCAAAGGAUGGUGCUGCAGCAGCAGAAGGUUUUGGCUCAGUUUGAACUGCAGCAGCAAAUCCGUCUGGAGGCUCUGAAACAAAAGCUGCUGGGAUUAAAUCACCUGGAAACUGAGCUGGAGAAUCAGCUAAAGGAAGCUGAGCAGGACUUUGUGAGUGAGUUGGCAUCCCUGGCUCGAGUUCCAGUGCUGGUGAAGAAGAAGCCUUCAAAAAGGAGCAAAACAACAGGGGAAAAAAUUAACUUGCAAAUAAAGGCCUUUCAGUCACCAGAAUCAGAAGACAAACAGAAAUCCCAUGAAAAUGUUCAAGAGGCCCCUGAACUGACUUCUGGCUUGUGCAGGUACAGUAAAGGUUUAAAAAAGGGCACAUGGAAAACUAUUUAAAAAGCAGUAGAAAAUCUACUUGGUGAGCAGAUAUGUCAACCAA